UGACUGAGAGGGCGCGGUGGUUGGGAUUCCCUCCAGAUCUUCAUCUUCAUCUUCACGGUCCAUGUGUGAGUCAAAGGGGAGGUGAGCCCUCCCUCUGGAGCCGGACAGCCAAUAGGAGCUCUCCCUGGAUUAUCCCGCUCUUAUAAAGCCCGAGGAUGCUGAGGCUGCGAGAGGAGCAACAAGAAGCGCCAGUGAGCCUCCAGAGAACCUGAUCCAACAAGUGCUCAGCUGAGAAGAAGAAGUGAUGGAUCAGUCCAAACAGACUCCGUACGGCUCAGGAGAGAAGAAAGACACCGGGGACAGCGGCUCCGUGCUCAACGGACUCUUUGACGGGAUGGUGAAGCGGCCAGCCGGCGGCACCGGGCGCACCGGCGCUCCCCAGGCUCCGGGCGCGGAGUCCGGCUCGCACCGACCCGCCACCUCGGUGAUGGAGAGCUGGAAGGACGAGCGCACCAGGAGCGUGGAGGACAACGAGAUGAGCCUGCCGGCCCUGGCCGCCGCCUACACCACCAUCCUGCGGGGGCUCGGGGAAGACCCGCAGAGGCAGGGGCUCCUCAAAACCCCCUGGAGGGCCGCCACCGCCAUGCAGUUCUUCACCAAGGGCUACCAGGAGAAAAUUAUAGACGUGCUGAACGACGCCAUCUUCGACGAAGACCACGACGAGAUGGUGAUCGUCAAAGACAUCGACAUGUUCUCCAUGUGUGAACAUCACUUGGUGCCCAUCUUCGGCAGGGUUCACAUCGGUUACCUCCCCAACAAGAGAGUUCUGGGCCUCAGUAAACUGGCCAGGAUUGUUGAGAUCUACAGCCGUCGACUUCAAGUUCAGGAGAGGUUGACCAAACAGAUCGCCGUGGCGAUCACUGAGGCCCUGCAGCCCACCGGGGUCGGCGUCGUCAUCGAGGCGACUCACAUGUGCAUGGUGAUGCGCGGCGUUCAGAAGAUGAACAGUAAAACCGUCACCAGCACCAUGUUGGGAGUUUUUAGAGAAGAUCCAAAAACCCGCGACGAGUUUCUGACACUGAUCAGGAGCUGAGGAGGAUGAAGCUCCUCCUCCUCUUCCUCUUCCUCCUCCUCCUGUUGCCUGGGGUGACUUCCACCAUUGUGCUAAAUGUGUGUGUGUGUGUGUGUGUG